UUUCCCGCCGGCGGGAGCUGCGUUUGUGGUGGCGGGGCUCGCAGCUGUGCCGCACGAUGGCGGACCAGCUUUAUCUGGAAAAUAUAGACGAGUUCGUCACGGACCAGAACAAGAUCGUGACAUACAAAUGGCUGAGCUAUACACUAGGGGUUCAUGUUAACCAGGCCAAACAGAUGCUAUACGAUUAUGUUGAAAGGAAGAGAAAGGAGAAUUCAGGAGCCCAACUGCAUGUAACCUAUUUAGUGUCUGGCAGUCUCAUUCAGAAUGGACAUUCCUGCCACAAGGUUGCGGUAGUGAGAGAAGAUAAAUUGGAAGCAGUGAAGUCCAAGCUAGCUGUGACUGCCAGCAUCCAUGUGUACAGCAUCCAGAAAGCCAUGCUAAAGGACAGUGGGCCUCUGUUCAAUACCGACUAUGACAUCCUUAAAAGCAACUUGCAGAACUGCAGCAAGUUUAGUGCCAUACAGUGUGCAGCUGCAGUGCCCAGAGCUCCUGCUGAAUCCUCAUCUUCUGAAAAGUUUGAGCAGUCAAAUCUUCAAGUAUCAAGUGAGACACCAGCCAAUCAUGAGUUGACAACCAAUGGUCACAGUCCACCUACCUCCAAACAGAUUUUACAGCAGCCCAAAGGAAUAAUGGGAAUGUUUGCCUCUAAAGCUGUUUCUAAGACCCAAGAUGUCAACAAAGAAACCAAAACAGAGACUAAAGAGGUAACAAAUGUAUCUUCUGUAGGCAACAAGGCACCAGGAAAAGGGAAUGUGAUGAGCAAUUUUUUUGGAAAAGCUGCUAUGAAUAAACUUAAAGUCAAUUUGGAUUCAGAACAAGCAGUUAAAGAAGAAAAAACAGUGGAGCAACCUCCAGUGUCUGUCACUGAACCAAAGCUGGCAGUCCCUACAGGCCUGAAGAAAUCCAGCAAAAAAGCAGAGCCUGUUAAGAUGCAGCAGAAGGAAAAAAAAAGCAACAGGGGGAAGCGAGUGGAGUUAUCUGAUGAUGAAACAAAAGAAACUGAAAAUAUGAAGAAAAAGAGGAGAAGAAUCAAACUUCCUGAGUCUGAUAGCAGUGAAGAUGAAGUCAUAGCAGAUUCUCCUGGGGAUUAUGAAGCUGAGUCACCAUCUCCACCUCCUCCUCCUUCUCCACCUCCUGAACCAGUGCCAAAGACUGAGCCAGAGCCUCCUUCCAUCAAGAGCUCAAGUGGAGAAAAAAGAAAACGAAAACGGGUGCUGAAAUCAAAAACCUUUGUGGAUGAGGAAGGCUGCAUAGUGACUGAAAAAGUCUAUGAGAGUGAAUCCUGCACAGAUAGUGAAGAAGAACUUAAGAUGAAGACCUCCUCCAUACACAGACCCUCCACUAUGACUGUGAAAAAAGAACCCAAAGAAGAACGAAAGGGCCCAAAGAAAGGGACUGCUGCUCUGGGCAAAGCCAACAGACAAGUAUCCAUCACCGGCUUCUUCCAGAGGAAGUAAACAGCCAUCUCUGUUAGUUCUGAGAUGUGGAGUGGUCAAGGGAGAAGACCAAGGCAGACUCUCACUUACUGUGUAAGUUCAUCCUGUGCCUCACCUUGCCUGUAUCAAAAGACUUCUUCCAUCCUGUGAGCUUUACACUGUUUCUGGUUUUUAACCAAAGGGAAAGCACCCUGGAAGCAAGAGGCAAAAAGAAUAUUUGAGAAGCUGUUAUAUGUUCUAAGGACAUUUUUUUAAGCACAAUCUUUGACCUGUUCUGGAGAAGAAUUCACUCCAAAAAUAAAUUAUAACAGGUUUCAGAAUUAUCACUGAAGCUAGUUAGUUGCUCAUUCACUGGGCCCUACCUACCAUGCGCCCUGAGCACUUAUGGCUCAGGAAGUAUUCUUCCUUGUUCCUUUGCAUUCUGUGGACUUGUGUGGGUCUUCAUUUAUCCCUGAAGUUUACUCGACAUGUUUACCACUCCCCCUGUAACCUCUUUCCCACUACCGUACUUCUGUGUGAAGCCAUUUUCUGUAAGUCUUUUAAAUCUUGGUUGGACUAAAGGCUGAAACAAAAAUCUCCCCGUAAUCCCCUAAUCCUCUCUUCCUCUGUUAUAAAGUACACUGACACCUGGCUACAGACCAGCUCAUUGCUUGUGUUCUCCCCCUUUCACAAAAACUCUCUGGACCUUCACUUGCAAUUAGUAAGUAGGGAAAAGCCUCAGGCAGAGCACAAAUGUAAUGAUGUAUUCAACUCUACCAGAAAUUACUUAGUGUUAGCAUUGACGACAGUAGAGACCUUGCCAUGCUGCUGACACAGGGCAUGCUUUACACUGCUCUUUGUGAUCUUUGUCUCCUCCCCUCUCCCACUCAAUACUUAGUAAAACCCAGGCAGUGAAAUGGAGUAAAAUUUCUCCUUAUUGAGGAACCUGAAUGUUCAGAAACAGCAGUUUUACAGGAAUGUAAUGAGGAAGAGAUAAAGCACACAUUUUUAUACUGAUGUUGUUCAUCUGUAUUUGUAACCCUCCCAUUUGCCUGAAAAUACAGGCUGCCCAAGAAAAGAUGGAGAGAUUGAGUUGUUAGUAGGACUAAACAGCUAGUAAAACAUUUUCAUUUGUUACUUAUGGAAAAUAAUCUAUUUCAAUGAUAACUUUUAAGUGAUUUCCAUGAUGGCUGGACAGUGAGCUCCGUGGAUGGAGAUGGUGUGUGGUGGUGAUCCUUCACAGUGAGGUCCAGGGGAAAGAACACAGGCUCAGCUGCUGGCGUGACUCACAACUAACAGAUGAGGGAUGUCUGACUUAGCCUGCGUAUGUCGUGAUGCAGUCAGCCGUCCACUGUUUAAGGUUAUGAUUGCAGCUGAUCUUGGAUUAACGUGAACAUCUUUAGCAGCCAUCAUGCAGCUCUCCGGCCAGGCACUGUGUGAACUUGAUUGAGACCAGAAGUUUGAGAGAGGAGUCCUGGCAUUAUGUCCAGGACUUAGAAGGCAGAGGCUUUGUGUAGCAAGCAAAGGUUAACAUAUUCCACAGCCUUUUCUUUUUAAAAUGUGAAAGGAUGGAAAGCCUGCACUUACCUUUACAAAAAACCUCCAGAGAGUGAUCUCUUUUAAAAUGGUUAUUUUUGUCAUUGCCUCUAAGUCAUUUUUCUAAAUAAGAAUGAAAAAUUAAAGAAAAAACAA